ACACACACACACUAGAAAACUAACAUCGAAUCUAUCACACUGAAGAGGCUUCUGUGCAUUCAUUUAACCAGCUUUAAUCAAGAUGUCACAGCCAGAUGAGGUGAAGAGGAAGAAGCGUCCCCCGAUGAAGGAGGAGGACCUGAAAGGAGCUCGCAGUAAACUGGGACUGAAGGGCGAGGUCAAGAGUAAGACCUAUGAGGUCAUGGCGGAGUGUGAGCGUAUGGGCAAAACGGCUCCGUCGGUGUUCAGUGGAGUGAGGACGGGGACGGAGACAGCCCUGGGGAAGCCUGCUGCUGCCAAAGCUCCUGGAGCCAGUGUGUUCAGCAAGUAGACAAGAGCACUGAAGAAAACACACUGUAUGUUCUUAUGGUGAUGCUGCUUUUCUAAUAUAAUAAAGAAGGAUUUGAGAGGUAAAUGAUUUCACUUUAUGCCAGGUGUGUUGACUUUACUGCUAUGUUAACAGUUUUUGUACUUUGUUAUUUGUGUAGUGCAUCAGACUUGGCUUGGAUUAAUGUGGCUGAUGCUCUGAAGGAGUUGUGAAAUGUAUUUAUGUAUGUUGAAACAUUUGAUUUCUUCUUUUUUUAAACUGAACAUUUUUCCUAAAUAAAUAAUUUCCCCCUGUA